AUGACGGCCAUCACCCAGAACCUGCCGGGUCCCAUCCGCGACCUCGGCAUAUCUCUACUUGGAGACGAGAAAUGCUACGUGUCUAUUGUCGAGCACCUUAACUUUGGCGACACGCCAUGUCUCAAACUGGCUGUAUCGAAGGGCCUCGGGAUUGGCCUCGUCGUGGGCGGUAGCAUCAUGAAGCUCCCUCAACUACUCCUCAUCACCUCCUCGCGGUCCGCGGCCGGCCUCUCCCUACCCGCGUACAUCCUCGAGACGCUCUCCUACGCGAUCACCGCCGCCUAUUCGCUGCGCCACAACUAUCCCUUCAGCACAUACGGCGAAAACGCGUUCUUGACGCUGCAGAACGUCAUCAUCAACUUCCUCAUCAUCGCCUACGCCCCGGUGCCGCGUACGCACGCGGCUUUGGCCCGCAAACCUUCGCGCGCACCGCAACUCCUCUUCCUCGCGUUUGGCACCGCAAUAUCCGCCCUCGGACUGGCUUUGGCGCCUCAACACGUGCUAUCAUACGCACAAGCCGCGACGCUCCCGCUCUCAGCGCUCAGCAAGCUCCCUCAAAUCGCCCAGAACCAGCGCGCACGUUCGACGGGCCAGCUCUCUGCUUUCGCCGUCUUCGCCCAGAUCGCAGGAUGCGCAGCGCGCCUAUUCACCAAUGCCGCCGAAGUCGGCGACUCGCUGCAGGCAGCCGGCUUCCUACUCGCGCUAGUGCUCAACGUCAUCCUGGGCGUCCAGAUGGUUGCGUUCUGGGGGCAGGGCACCGUGGAGAGCCGCAAGGAGGAGACAUGGGCGGGAGAUGAGAAGGGCCGGUUGCCGCAGAGGAGCGAGUACGAUCAGAGGGUGGAUGUGGUUGUUCCGCCCAAGAGCCCCGUGUAUCAGACGGGCGUACAGCAACCCGCUGCACAGCCUGCUAGGCGCUGGGCAAGGAAGGUCGAUUAG